GAUAAACUGUGUUCUGCCCACGCCCAAGUCAGACACAAAACAGCUUCAGAGAGCUACAGAACACUGGAUCUCCGAGUUACUCACUUCGGAAAACCUUCACGAUGUUCCUUGCUAAAGCUUUGCUGAGUGGAGGAAGUGGAGGAAGAGGUAGCAGUCGUGGAGGAAGCCUUGCACGUGGCCUUGGAGGGCUCCUGACAGGAGGUGGAGGUGCAGGGAAUAUUGGAGGACUUGUUGGAGGUCUCGUCAACCUUAUAAGUGAGGCGGCAGCUCAGUAUAAUCCAGAGCCACCUCCACCUCCUCGCAAUCAUUUUACAAACGUGGAACCUCAGGAGAGUGAUGAGAUCAGACAGUUUCGUCGCCUGUUUGCCCAGCUGGCUGGAGAUGAUAUGGAAGUGUGUGCCACCGAGCUGAGGGACAUCCUGAACAAAGUCCUUUCCAGACACCAGGACUUGAAGGCGGAUGGCUUCAGCCUGGACACCUGCCGUAGCAUGGUCGCCGUCAUGGACAGCGACACGAGCGGCAAGCUGGGCUUCGAGGAGUUCAAGUACCUGUGGAACAACGUCAAGAAGUGGCAAGGUGUGUACAAGCAGUAUGACACUGCUCAGUCAGGCACUGUUGGGAGAGCCCAGCUGCCCGACGCCCUAAGGGCUGCGGGGUUCCAGCUGAACGAGCAGCUGUGCCACGUGAUCGUGCGCAGGUACGCCGCCGAGGACGGCAGCAUGGAUUUCAACAGCUUCAUCAGCUGCCUGGUGCGCCUGGACAGCAUGUUCAGGGCCUUCAAGUCCCUGGACCAGGAUGGAAGUGGCCACAUCAGGGUGACCAUUGAAGACUGGCUGCAGCUGACCAUGUAUUCGUGAAGACGUGGCAAAGAAGUGGCUUCGUGUGGAAGAUACACCUGGAGAACUGCACUCCUCUGCUGCACUGCUGUGGUCUUUGCCUUUAGUCUUUCUAAGGCAGAUGCAGCUUGCAGUAGAUGGCUCAGCUUCAAGUGUAGUGAUUCCUCUUGUGCAUGCUCUAGUCUGCUUUUCUGAGGGGUUUGUGUAGGCUGUUGAUUGGGCAGUUGCAUAAGUUCAGAAAAUUCUAAACUCUAAGGUUAGGGAAUAUGUUGGAAGGAUCAAAGUUAGUUACUGUUUCAUGUAAAGUGGCUUGUAUACUAGUGUAACUAUUACAUAAAAAAGCUCCUAAAUUUGUUGUUGAUGUUGCUGUUCUGACUUGUCAGCAGUCACUAAGCUGGAAUAAAGGCUGUUUGCCUGAAGGCA